UCCUUCAGUGCCGAUUGAAGUAUCAAUGAAAGAAAAAUUUCAUUUCACUCCUGAACGCUUCUUGAAAAUACAGCUUGGUUUUUCUCCUCGCAUAUCGGAAAUGUUAUGGUAUUUGAUAUUUCAAGGACUUCUCGUUGGCUCUCAUGGGUCCUUUUUGGAAAACUUUUGGAAAUCAGACUCCUUAUCAUCGACGUGUGGUAUAUCUAAACGAAGUCAAUAUCAAACAGAUGAGCAGGAAAGUUUCAUUGUAGGAGGAAGAGACGCCGAUAAGGGAGAAUUCCCGUGGCAGGUUUCCAUUCAAAGACAUUUCGAGAAAAACAACGGCAUUUAUCAUAUUUGUGGAGGUACUAUAAUAGCCAAAGAUUGGGUUCUGACCGCUGCUCAUUGUAUUCGCAUUUCGAAGAUUUUAAAAUACCGAGUAGUAGCUGGAACUAACGAUUUAUUAGACGAAAACAAAGUUAGAAGUUUAUCUGAAUCAAGUUAUUCUGUACACAAGGUUUUUGAUGCUUACGUUCACGAGGCCUUCUCCACCCAGACUCUUCAGAACGAUAUAGCUCUUUUGAAGGUCGAACCAUCUUUUGACCUUGACCGUUCAGAUGGCAUGUUAAAAGCAGCGUGUCUACCUCCACCACAUCAUGAGCCUUAUGGUUAUGCUGUUGUUUCUGGAUGGGGAACAAUGAAAGAAGGAUCGCGUGUUAUUCCGACGAAACUUCAAGCUGUGGCUGUUCCUAUUAUAACCGACAAUGCUUGCAGAAAAGCGUAUGGUAAGGCUAUAGUUGAAACUAUGCUAUGUGCAGGGUAUGAAGAAGGUAUGCGAGACUCCUGUCAGGGAGAUUCUGGUGGUCCGCUGGUUCAGAAAUCAGGUUAUGGACCUGCAUCAAUCGUGGGAGUUGUUUCUUGGGGUCAAGGCUGUGCUCGUCCGAAAUUCCCUGGUGUUUACACACAAGUGUCUUAUUACAUUGACUGGAUCAACAGAAUUGUAAAAACUGAAGACAUAUUUGAUGACAUUAACAAAUUUCCUUUCUAAGGAACCAUCAUAUCAUACUAAUUUAUGCUGUUAUUUAAGAUUUCAUGUAUUCUUUUUAGGCAUAAAAAUGUCAUUAUAACAUUUGUACAUACAUAAACAUUAUUCGCAGAGCACUAUAAUUUGAACUAAAUGUUUGAGCAUUAGUGCCAUGAUGUUAAGAAAUAUAUGGAGAAC